UGAUCUUGAAAUAAAUAUAUAAAAAAGAUAUUUAUCAAAACCCUCAAUCGUAUAAUUAACGAAGAAACAUCCCACGACAUACCGUUUGCACUUUCGAGUCUCUCAAGCAGGGAAUGGCCUCAAAAUCAGCAGCGCCACCCAAAGAACGUACCAAGUCACAGUUUGCCGCGGCUGAGGCUGCUUCGUCUGGGAACGUGAAAAGUCAAGGUUGGAACCCUCCAAGCCUCAAACAGUCGCAGAGCUGGAAUGAGCAGGAUCUGAGGCAUCAUCUACAAAAGAGAUUGACGGGGUUAGAAAAGGGCAGGGAAGCCGGAUUUACAGAGAUCGGUGGGAAGGCUAUCAAAGGAUGAAAAAGUCUCACAUGGAAUGGCCUGUGUUCGAUGACAUGUGUUUCUUUUCUUUUUAUGCGCAAAAUUUCGCGCUGGGGCUGAAUUUUACAAAAAUGCUUUAAUCCAUGGACAGCAUGGCAAUGGAUAGGCGGCUUGGUUUCGCGCUGUUCGGGAAUUGACGGUCUUUGAGUGCGAAAUCGGGAGGCUGUACAUCCCGCCGGCUGUUAUGCGACUAUUUUCCUUCUUAAUCGCGCUUCAUGGCAGAAGUUGGUCUUGGACAGAGUCGUGAUGCAUUGCGCUGGUUGCCGCCGAUGUCGUGACAGGGUUGUAGGAGUAGAUAACGCUAGUCACCACACUAGUUAGUUAGUUGCACCUUAAAUUGGAGCUUAGAUAAGCGGGCAUCUCAACGCCGGCGUUCGAUGAUAUGAUGAGCGGCCGGCGGGCAGCGAGGUCGAACCGCACAUCACCUUGCUGGGUCUGACCUAACUUAGUUACCCUCAGGCGGAGCCUGAAUUUAUUUAUCUAUUUCCACUAUACUUAUCCUCAGCUCAGUACUUUGCAGAUGUGAUGUUGUAGCCAAGCUGCGGUUUCCUCUGCAUUCCUUCGGACUGCUAAAGGUUAUCGAGAAUCUUCAAGGUACCUGCAAGCUCACCCUGUCAUUCGUCAGCUCAUCAGUUCUACAAGCUUCACACUUCGACCUGCGACCGAUUCUCUUCUUUGUUCACUGCUCCUACAAAUGCCCAAUGCGGCCUCUUUCUCAGUACUACCUUUUUCUUUCGUGCUCCUUAGAAGAUACCGGGUCGCUCGGGGUUAAAUUGCUCGCAGACAUUUCGACUAAUCGGGGACGGAGGAGAAGAUGGAUCGUGCAAGGAAGAGAGAGCUGCGUGACUCAAAUAUAAAGGCUUGGAUCGGAGAACCAGAUGUUUUUCUCGUCAAUAAAUCACUUGAUUCCUCCUUGAAGAAAAACACUGCCUUUAUCAAACGUCUUCGAACCGGAAUCACCGCUUCCGCUCAACCAACCUUUCUCACGGAGAUCCGGACCCUGUCUUUACAUAAAUAUCUCUCAGAAAUUAUAUCUGCUUUCUAUGAGGGUGCUUGCAAACUCAAAUCACCUGGAGAAAUAGCAGCGGGGGUCGAAGUUGCUAGUGCACUGCACCAGCGUUUCGGUCCUCAUGAGUUCACAAAGCAACUCGGCUGGCUGCUGGGCCGCGGUAUGAGCACGCCAGACAAGGCACAACUGAAAGCUUGGACGCAAGAAGUACGAGAGAAGGAAGAAAAGGAACGUCUUGUACGGCAACGUGUUUUGCUUCGUGUCGUAUCGGAGCUGUGGCUGGUGGGGCUUCUGCGCACCCUGGACGAUGUGGAACGGCCAGAAGAUUUAGGGUCGAAGGGGAAGGAUGGAACACCCACAGCUGGUAGCAAAGUUUCCGAUGGUCAGCUAAAAGGUAAACAAUCACAUACUGCGCCGAAGGCCAGCCAAGACAAAGAUGCAGACCCGUUCCCUUUGGAGGUUAUCAAGGACCUACUCGGCUAUGAUCGUGAACAUCAGAACUUGCCCCUUGCUGUCUUGUUCGCUAAAAACUACGGUUGGGAUAUCAUGGGCAUCAAAAGAGCAGACGAUGGUAGGAAAAACGUCGAUCCCAGCGGUGAGACAACAGUGACUAGCAAAGAGGCCCCUGAGGCCUCUGGCGAUGAAUCCAUGGUCAAUAUUGGUUCAGCGGAUGACCCGCCUCUGGUAUCCGAUGAGAAAUUGCAGACCCGAUUCAGGAAUAUCAUGAUCAAGUACCUGGAUGAUGUGAAGAAGCAUGUUGUUCGUGAUCACAAAGCUCUGGCUGCCUUGAGCCGCCGCAACGCCGAGGCGUAUGUGAAAAGCGGAGAGAUUCUGGAAGACCGACAGUCCAACUUUGAGAAACAAUCCAAGGCCCAAGAAAAACUGGUUUCAAACACUCAAAUACUCUGCGACAUUCUAGGCUCGGAGAUGCCGGAACUGGCUGAGAAGGAAGGUUUAGACAGCCUCAGUAGUGGAACCAUUGGGCUUGUGAAGACUGGCGAAUAUCUGCGUGGACAAGGCGAAGGGCCAGGAAUCUGGGAAGAUGAAGAAGAGCGUCGCUUCUAUGAGAACCUUGUUGAUCUGAAGGGUAAGGUUCCGGCGGUGCUGCUUGAAGAUGGCAAGAAAAAGAAAGGCGAGGCCGAUGAACAAGCAAAAAAUAAAGAUGCUGAUCUGCCAAACGGGGUCACAUCCGAAGAUAAAAGGGAGCGGCCGGGACAACCUGUCGAAAGUACUCCUCGAGAGACGGACGACCAGUCAACAGCUAUCGUUAACAAAACCGUUGGUGCUCAGGUUGAUACCCUAUUGGCAAGGCUCCCGGAACUCCAGCAUAAAGAUGCCGUCGACCAGUUGGCUUUGGAAUUUUGUUUCCUAAACUCCAAAGCCUCGCGAAAUAGGCUGAUAAAGGCUAUGCAAGACGUCCCAAAGGGCCGUACAGAUCUACUUCCUUUGUAUGCUCGAUUGGUGGCAACCUUAGGCCAAUAUCUUCCUGAUAUUCCCCAAGGUUUAAUUUCAUAUUUGGACGAGGAAUUCCGCAGCCUCCAACGUCGCAAGCAGAAAGAGUUCCUCGGACAAGUGCGCACGAGUAAUAUUCGAUAUCUCGCUGAACUCACCAAAUUUGGUGUCGUGCCUGAACAUGUCAUAUUUCACUGCUUUAAGGUCAGUCUGGAUGACUUUUCAAGGAUGAACAUCGAGAUAAUUGGCAAUUUGCUUGAAAACUGUGGUCGGUAUUUGCUACGGAACCCGGAGACUGCACCGAGAAUGGCAUCCUUCCUCGAAACCCUUGGACGGAAGAAAGCAGCUCAGCAUUUAGGACAACAGGAACGAAUGGUACUUGAAAAUGCUAUGUACUACGUUGACCCUCCCCCAAGACCAGCCAUACAGCAGAAAGAGCGCACUCCAAUGGAGUUAUUCGUGAGAAAACUUGUGUAUCUUGAUAUGAACAAGCGCAAUUAUCCCAAGAUUCUCAAGUCGGUUCGAAAGCUACACUGGGAGGAGCCGGAGGUUGUCCGCAUACUUGAAAGUGUAUUCAGCAAGCCCGCCAAAGUCAAGUACGGCAAUAUUCACCUAUUGGCUUUACUUGUCAGCGCACUCUACCGCUAUCAUCAAGAUUUUGUUGUUAACAUUAUUGAUAAUUCUCUCGAGCGGAUCACAAUAGGCCUAGAACAGAACGAUUUCAAAUUUAACCAGGAGCGCCUUGCCGACGUCAAGUACCUCGGAGAGCUCUACAACUAUAAAAUGGUUGAUUCUCCUGUGAUAUUUGAUACUCUAUAUCGUAUCGUUACUUUUGGGCACGAGGGUGGCACCCCCAUUCCAGGCAAAAUCUGUCCCCUUGAUCUUCCUGACGAUUUUUUCCGCAUUCGCCUUGUUUGCACGAUGCUUGAUACUUGUGGCGUUUGUUUUGACCGCGGUAACUCCAAAAAGAAACUGGACUUCUUCUUAACCUUCUUCCAGUAUUAUAUUCACACCAAGGAUCCUAUGCCGAUGGAUAUAGAUUUCCUCGUACACGACACAUAUGCCCUUACUCGCCCCCAAUGGAAGCUUGCAACCGACUUGGAAGAGGCGGCUCGCUUAUUCAGUGAAGCCGUAGCGCAAAAUUACAAAGUUCAAGAUGGUAGCAAGGCAGCCGAACCUGAAGAAGACGGUGAGAGCUCCUCGUCAGAAGAUGAGCUUGAGGACGACGCUCUUGGAGAAGGCGAAGAAGAUCAGUUUUCGAGUGAGGAGGCUGAAGCUGCUGUUGAUAACACUGAUCAAGACGCCGAGCCUGAGUCCGAGGAGGAAGAAGAGCGAAUAAUCGUCACUCGACAGGAAGAGGAACGCGAUCCUGAAGCGGAAGCAGAAUUUGACCGUGCCUUUGAGAAGAUCAUGGCGGAAAGCUUGGAAUCGCGUAAAUUCGAACGCAAAGCAAUGUUUGACGUACCCCUGCCAAUGAGACGUACAACUCGCGAACCUACGGCAGCUGAAGAUCGCGAAAACAAUGCAGCAGCGUCAAACACGAUGGCAUUCUCACUCAUGACCAAACGAGGAAAUCGUCAGCAGACCCGAACAAUUGAUCUUCCAUCGGACUCCAGCUUUGCGAUUGCUAUGAGAUCUCAGCAACAGGCCGAGCGCGAGGAGCAGCAACGCAUUAAAAACUUAGUUCUAAACUAUGACCUUGGAGACGACAAUGACCUCAAUGAUGGCAACGAGAAGCGUACUUCUUCUAAACCUGAGAAGGCGAGUACUAGUCGGGGUUUUCGUGCCCGUAAACUGCAGCUUAGCGACGUCGAUUGGUAGCUACCACAACCAAAAGGGGCACAGCCGGCCCCAAACGGGCUUUUUUUAGCCUCAGUUGGCAGUUGGAAGACCAACAAUGCCAUUCACUUGCCAAUUCAGCUGCAUGCGCAGGAGGAAAAUUGGUUUGCCCAUUGCGCCCGCAAAUUCGUCCCUUUCAGACAGGUCGCGUCAAACGGACUUGUACCCAAUUUGGCGACUGCCGAAAGCACCUGUGGCUUGCCUAGCGACUUAGCAUGCUAUUAUUCGCGGAACGCUUUGCCCUGACGGUCUACGCCACCUUUAUUGAUAGCGCCAUGGCAUUUCGCCCCCGCAAUCGUGUCACUAGCUUGAUGAGAACCCGGUUUAAGAUUUGAUACUCUUAAAUCCUCAAUUCACUGUCGCAGCUGCCGACCGAUCGAGACAUGGGCGACACUCUAUUCGUAUUCGUAGUGUUAUUGUCCUUAACCUUCGUUCGAUGGCACUCAGCGAGCAACUGUAGGCAAGGUUGCGCUUCGUAGCGUUUGAGAAAAGGUUUGGUUGAUCACUUAUGCGCUAUCUGCCUCUGGUCUACCAUGAAAGCUAGCCAGUGGGAUGUGGAGGAGGACAAAUUGAGAACCAGGCAAAAAGGAGCCGCAGAUAGAUUGAUAAUUGAAGGUUGAUAUGCUUAUUUGAAAGCUACAAUGGCCACUCUACUUUGUAGAAAGAGUAGGUUGGCACUUAGCA